AUGCGUUUCAAUACCUUCACAUCUUUCGCCCUCAUCCUUGCCGGCGUCGUCAGCGCGCUGCCAACCUCCUCAGGCGCUCAGGGGCUCGAGGUACGCGAGGCGGCUCUCGGUAACUCCGAAGAUGCCUCCGACGUCUACGCCCGCGACACCUCCGAUGACGUCUAUGUCCGUGAGGCUGCCGCCGCCGCUGCUGGCGUAGUCGACACCGGCCUGGCUCUCGACGCGCGAGCCAAGUACAAAGCUAGCAAGAUCGACCUAGACUUCCCUAAGAAGCUGGAUCGUGGUUCGAUCGCGCAGAAUCAGCGCGAGACGGCGACCGACUUGGCCAAGAAGGCCUUGUUCCAGGCUGAUUGCACGGCUGGUAAAGUCAUUUAUGGGUGGCACGAUGAGAACACGGAGGACCCCGUUGAGCACUUCACUGUCAAGCCUACCAAAGGCGACGGCGUGGGGAAAGGCAAUAUCCAUGUCCACCGCGACGGUAGCUGGACCCAGGGCGCUGGUGGUAAGGCCAACCACGGUGACGGGAAGGUCUAG